AUGUCUGUCGUUCCUCCCAAGCGCGAGGUUUCUCCAGACUCUGCGUCCACCAACUCUAUUUCCAAGAAAUCCGUGGACACCGAAACCAAGCCUGUCCGAACGGACGACUUGGUCGAUGCUGAACCUGAGCCGUUCAAGCUUUGGAACUUCCUCUUCCGCCACCACUUGUAUGUUCCUCGCGAUUUGGACGCCAUUGCGACGCGCCGGUCUGUGUACGACGACCCAAAUUUGGCACCUCAUUACUGGCCGAAGCCUGAGUACGAAAACAUCCACCGCUUUGAUGUCAACGCUCGCUGGACUGCGCGAGAGGAGCGGGCUCUAGUUCGCAAGAUAGAUUGGAAGGUUAUGUUGUGGGCGGCGAUCAGCUUUUCGGCGUUGAAUCUGGACAGAAAUAAUCUGAGUCAAGCAAACACUGAUAACUUCUUGAAUGACCUUAAGCUUACCACCAAUGAUUUUAACUUGGGUAACACUGUCUUCCGCCUUGCUUUCCUCUCUGCUGAGCUACCUUCCCAAUUGGUCUCUAAACGUCUUGGGCCUGAUCGUUGGAUUCCUAUUCAAAUGUGCGGCUGGUCAAUAUUGACAUUAGCUCAAUUCUGGCUUACUGGACGAUCUACGUUCCUUCUGUGCCGUGCUAUUCUUGGCUUUAUCCAAGGCGGAUUCAUUCCUGACUUGAUCCUCUACCUGUCCUAUUUCUACACGAAGCAUGAGCUCCCGUUCCGAUUGGCCCUAUUUUGGAUGUCUUCCAGCGUCUGCAGUAUCUUUGGCAGUUUUCUUGCGGUCGGAGUCCUACGAAUGCGAGGAAUUCAAGGCAAAGAGGGAUGGAGAUGGCUCUUUUUAGUGGAGGGUCUCAUCACCUUGACCAUUGGCAUCGCGACCUUCUUCAAAAUGCCUCCUUCGCCGACUCAAACCAAGACAUGGUACAGACCCAAGGGUUGGUUUACCGAACGAGAAGAAUACAUUGCCACUUCACGCAUUCUGAGAGAUGAUCCCACUAAGGGUGAUAUGCAUAAUCGUGAGGCCCUUUCUCUUAAACGCCUUUGGCAAUCCAUCUGCGAUUAUGAUAUGUGGCCGUUGUACUGCAUUGGACUUCUCUUUGGUAUCCCUACAUCUCCACCCUCGACAUAUCUUACCCUCUCCUUCCGCAAUCUCGGCUUUAGCACCAUCCACUCUAACUUGCUUACAAUUCCAUCACAAGUCGGAACGAUGAUCACUAUGGCUGGUAUCACAUUAAUUUCAGAAAAUGUCAACGAUCGAGCAUGGGUCGCCAUGUCUGAAGACUUUUGGGCUCUUCCUUUCCUGAUUGCUUUGCGAACGCUUCCGGAAAAUACAAACCCUUGGAAAUUCUACGGUCUAACUACCGGUCUCCUCUUUUAUCCCUAUACACAUCCUAUCCAAGUUGGAUGGUGCUCUCGCAACGCCGGUGCAGUGGCGUCUCGUACAGUCAGCGCAUCGCUCUAUAAUAUGUUUGUACAAGCAUCCUCCAUUAUUUCUGCAAAUAUAUACCGCAAGGACGACGCACCUCUUUAUCGACGAGGUAACAGCUACCUCAUCGGUGUUUGCGUCUUCAAUAUUUGUAUUUUGUAUCCUGGCACGAAGUUGUAUUACAAGUGGCGCAACAGCCAGAGGGCUAAAAUUUGGGAUGCAAUGACUAGCGAGCAAAAGAGUGAAUACUUAUCCACGACGAAGGAUGUCGGAAACAGGAGGCUUGAUUUCCGAUUCGCUCAUUAG